AUGCACCAUGACGUGCCGCGUCGCAUCUUUGUUGUAUUAAAUGAUUUACGAGUGGCCUUUGUCUCCCUGGUCUUGACAUCUGUGAUAUUUUGGAAACUCUAUCAUUUGGCUGAAUAUGAUGUGUCAGGCAAUGCCAAAGGUGCAGAUAUUAAGCCAGAUACGGUCUCAAAUCGAUGGAAGAAUGAUCUUCCCUGGGACGAGGGCGCUGAUCAGUUAUUUACGUUUGUGCAGGUUACUCUUUUCGGUCAAUUCUACGGCAUCUCGGACCUCCACCUCUCGAAAUUUCGAACACACUCUACUGCAACCUUCAAUCAAUUCGUUUCUGUAAUACUUCCACGUAUCGCUCCUGCUUUUGUCGUUGUAACUGGUGAUCUCACGGAUGCAAAGGACCAGCAUCUACUUGGAUCCGAGCAGUAUCGUGAAGAGUGGUUAUCGUAUCACGACACUCUCGCCAAAAACCACAUACUCGCGUCACCAAACUUUUGGUGGGACAUGAGAGGGAAUCAUGACUGCUUUAAUGUUGAAGAUACGGAGACAAGCAUGUACAAUACGUGGGGUGUAGUCAAGACGGAAGGAUGGUUGUUUGAUUACUCGACAGACUUCGGACGCUAUAAGUUUAUUGCUCUAGACGCUUGCCCAUAUGGUUCGGCUCGACCGUUUAAUUUCUUCGGGACUCUGACGCGCUCUGAUUUGGACUUUUUAGAGCAAUCGUUAUCCGAUCAUAGGAGCAGCAACCAUACGUUCAUACUAUCGCAUUACCCAACCUCAACAACAUGGAGUGGUCUGUCAUCAUCAGGAAGGACGUUCGCAACUCUAGCUUCUGAAGCAUCAAUCUAUUUGUGUGGCCACCUACACAAAUUCGUAGCAGAUCUGUUUCCCGAUAUGUACACGCUUCACGCUGCUGGGUUUUUGGAGUUGGAACUAGGAGACAUGAAACAUAAUGAUCUUUUUCGUAUAAUCGCAGUAGAUCAUGACUUGGUUUCUUUCGUGGAUGCGCAGAUUUAUGUGGACAUGGCUCCCAUACUUGUUAUCACGAAUCCACGAGACUCACGAUUCGCCAUUCCAGGUCGAGAACCGUCGCAUAGGAUUUCGACGUCAACACAUAUAAGGAUACUUGCAUAUGGCGAGAAUGUCAAGCAGGUUUCAGUCACUAUUGACGAUACUAUGGAGAUAGAGUGUAAAUGUAGUAGUAGUGGGAAAGCUAUAGAAGUUGGUAGCAAUUAUCUGCCUCUGUGGACUUGUCCUUGGAAGCCAGACGAUUUUAACGACAACGCAGUGCAUCGAAUCGAAGCUACUGCUGUAGAUGGGCAGAAUAGAGUCGGUACAUCAUCGAAACACAUGUUUAGAGUAGAUGGGCAACGGACGGCGUAUGCUUGGACUGGAACGUUUUUACUACAGACACCAUUUCCUGUUGUGGACCCUGUUUUCUUUGGUUUACAUUAUUCUUCUUAUCGCUAUCCUGGCUCCAAAAUAUUUCGUAUGGAGGCUCGUCGCCAUUCGUCGUUACGAGACUUGGAGACAAGAGCAAUCGUCUGCAUUGAUCGCUCAGGAUGGCAUUCUGAUACGUGGGAAUUCAACAGAUUCACAGCUCUUUGGAUUCAGGUCGCUACUGAAAGGACUGUGGUUCAGAAUGUGUCCGCAACGUACUACAACCAUCUAUACAUGCUCAUUGGACCGUGGUUUGUUGGCGAGCUGAUACCGAAUGCUGUCAACAUAUAUGAGCGCUGGGGCGCCUUCUUUAUCGUCGGACUGAGAUCCUUUGCAGGCCGCUCUGUGUCGAUCACGGAUACAUAUGCAUACGCAUUCUUUAACCUGACAUUCACUUUCUUCCCAUUAAUGCUGUGUCUGGUCUGCUUCAGCACGGAUCCAGACUUGUUGUAUUGUAGAGCCAAUUCACGUCGAAGUCGACCGAUUCGUAAUCGUUGGUAUGUCAAACUGGUCAUCGGCAUGUACAUCUUUUGGGCAAUUUAUAGUGUAUACCUGCUUUCAUAUUCGUAUGGCUGGUGGUCGUUCGUCUUGUCUCACAAGACUUGGUAUUUGGUGGUGAUAGCUAGAUGUCUCAUGACAGAAACGGAUUUAAAUCACGCUACGAGUAAUGGGGAAUCGAUUAAGAUAAAGCUACGGCCUCGAACGAGAACUCAGAAAGAAAAGAGCUAG